CACAUUUUGUAGAGAAAAGGGCUCACUAUGAUGCCCAUGCUGGUCCUAAACUCCUGUUCUUAAGUAUCCUGUUCUUAAGUGUCCUUCCACUUUGGCCUCCCAAAGUGAUGGGAUUGCAGGCAUGACUCACCAUGUCUGGCCCAUAUAUUUUGCAUAAACAGUUCAGGCACACUCAGCCUCUGUUAUUAGUUACAUUGGUGGGACCCCCUUCUUAAUCUGGUACCUAGACACCAUGAAAGAUCCAAGUUUGCAAAUGAGCAUUUAUCAGAAUAUGCAGUUUCAGGAUUGGUAGUGGUAACUCUUCUACACAACAGGUAGUUGUACUUUGUCAUGACAAGAACUACACAGACCUCUGUAGAAAGAGACAUCAGGGGUGUUGCAGGCAAUAAGACUCACCCACGUAACUCACCAAGAUGGAUGUUUCUAUUGACUGUUACUUUACCAAACAUAUUCAACUAAGGCAUCAUAAUGGCUUUGUGGGAAAAAGUGAGUGUAGACAGAAUAAGAGUCGGUUUACUAUGUUGUUGAAUAAAUGCUUGGAAACCACAGCAUCUUACAAAGUUUAUGAAGUGACUAUAGAUUCUCAGUGCUAUCCAACUCAACUUUCCUCCUCUGCACAUGUGGGAUGUUUCAGGACUCAGUGGCUUUUGAGGAUGUGGCUGUGAACUUUACACAAGAGGAGUGGGCUUUGCUGGGUCCAUCACAGAAGAGUCUCUACAGAAAUGUAAUGCAGGAAACCAUUAGGAACCUGGACUGCAUAGAAAUGAAAUGGGAGGACCAGAACAUUGAAGAUCAGUGCCAAAAUCCCAGGAGAAAUCUAAGAAGUCAUACAUGUGAAGUUAUUGAUGAUAGUCAAUGUGGAGAAACUUUUAGCCAGAUUUCAGAGAGUCUUGUGAACAAAAACACUCCUGGAGUAAAUCCAUGUGACAGCAGUGAGUGUGGAGAAGUCGUCAUGGGUCAUUCAUCUCUUAAUUGCAGUGUCAGAAUUGACACUGGCCACAAAUCAUGGGAGCAUCAAGAAUAUGGAGAGAAGCCAUAUACACAUAAACAAUGUGGGAAAGCCAAUAGUCAUCAGCACUGCUUUCAGACACAUGAAAGGCCUCCCACUGGAAAGAAACCCUUCGAUUGUAAAGAAUGUACAAAAACUUUCAGUUCUCUUGGAAACCUUCGAAGACACAUGGCAGCACACCAUGGAGAUGGACCUUAUAAAUGUAAGUUAUGUGGGAAAGCCUUUGUUUGGCCCAGUUUAUUUCAUUUGCAUGAAAGAACUCACACUGGAGAGAAACCGUAUGAAUGUAAGCAGUGUUCUAAAGCCUUUCCUUUUUAUAGUUCCUAUCUAAGACAUGAGAGAAUACACACGGGAGAGAAAGCAUAUGAAUGUAAGCAGUGUUCCAAAGCCUUCCCUGAUUACAGUACCUAUCUAAGACAUGAAAGAACUCACACGGGAGAGAAACCCUAUAAAUGUACACAAUGUGGGAAAGCCUUCAGCUGUUACUAUUACACUCGACUACAUGAAAGGACUCACACUGGAGAACAACCCUAUGCAUGUAAGCAAUGUGGCAAAACAUUUUAUCAUCACACAAGCUUUCGAAGACACAUGAUAAGGCACACUGGAGAUGGACCACAUAAAUGUAAGAUAUGUGGGAAAGGUUUUGAUUGUCCUAGUUCAGUUCGAAAUCAUGAAACUACUCACACUGGAGAGAAACCCUAUGAAUGUAAGCAGUGUGGGAAAGUGUUAUCUCAUAGCUCCAGCUUUCGAAGUCACAUGAUAACACACACAGGAGAUGGACCCCAGAAAUGCAAGAUAUGUGGAAAAGCCUUUGGUUGUCCCAGCUUAUUUCAAAGACAUGAAAGGACUCACACUGGAGAGAAACCCUAUACAUGUAAACAAUGUGGGAAAGCCUUCAGUCUUUCCGGUUCCCUUCGAAGACAUGAAGCAACUCACAGUGGAGUGAAACCCUAUAAAUGUAAAUGUGGGAAAGCCUUUAGUGAUCUCUCUUCCUUUCAAAAUCAUGAAACAACUCACACUGGAGAGAAGCCAUAUGAAUGUAAGGAAUGUGGGAAAGCAUUCAGUUGUUUCAAAUACCUUUCUCAACAUAAAAGGACCCACACAGUAGAAAAACCUUAUGAGUGUAAAACAUGUAGGAAAGCCUUUGGUCAUUUCAGUAACUUAAAAGUCCAUGAAAGAAUUCACUCUGGAGAGAAGCCAUAUGAAUGUAAGGAAUGUGGGAAAGCAUUCUCUUGGCUCACUUGCCUUCUAAGACAUGAAAGAAUCCACACUGGAGAGAAACCCUAUGAAUGUCAGCAAUGUGGAAAAUCCUUCACUCGUUCCCGUUUCCUUCGAGGACAUGAAAAAACUCACACUGGAGAGAAGCUGUAUGAAUGUAAGGAAUGUGGGAAGGCAUUGAGCUCUCUGCGUUCCUUGUAUAGACAUAAAAGGACUCACUGGAAAGAUUCUCUGUAAAUGUAUGGAAUGUGGGAAGACUUAUUCAGUACUUGUAUUUAAUUUCAGAAACUUGAAAGAACUCACUUUGGAGACAGACCUCAUGAAUGUAAAGAUGUGAUAAAGCCUUAAGUAGCUUCAAUUUUUUAAGUACAGUUAUCCGCCAAUAUACACAGGGGAUUGGUUCCAGCACCCCCUAAAUCCACAGUUGCCCAGUCCUUUCUUAUAUGGCAUAUUUGCAUGUAACCUAUCACAUCCUCAUGUAUACUGUGUAAAUCAUCUCUAGAUUACUGUUAAUACCUCAUGCAUUGUAAAAGCUAUGUAAAUAGUUGUUUGAUUGUAUUGUUUAGAGAUUCAGGGCAAGAAAAAUAGUCUCUAUGUGUUCAAUGCAGACACAGCCAUUGCAGGCCCACCUAUAUAGUAUAUGCCACCCAGAACAUUAAAAUUUCUGUGUUUUAAUAUUCA